GGAGAAGGUGGAGUUUGCAGACUCUUGGCCUAUCACCAUGUCUGCAUAUUAACACAGUACACUUGUAAACACACUCAUACACACUGCUAGCAUUCGGGGCUUCCGUUUUUUGUUUUUGUGGGGUUUUUAACGCGGAUUUGCUCGCUAUCUUUGGAUAUAAAAACACCAGGCGUUUGCAUUGUGAGCACCGCAGAGCCUCUCCAUCCAACCCGGGUUGCGGUAAUGAACGGCGGCCCCCCCGGAGAAAAACGCUAGCCAUCCAAGCUAAUAACCAGAGCCGAGGAUCCAUGUGAGGACACUGGGAAUGACUUGAAUGAAGAUGUAGCUGAAUAUUGUAUAAAUAAAUAAAUAAACAAAAAGUGUUGGCCAGAAAAGGAGUGGAAGCUUCUGGACCUGAGACCUGGGCUUGUUUAUCUGUAAGAAGAAUUUUGUUCCUGAUGGAGAAGAAAGAGAAUAGGCCCAGCUACUUCGCCAGGCUGAAGAAGAGGCGGCAGCUGAAGCAGGGCCAAUCGGAGAGAGCCGUGGCUAAGGAAAGCCAAUCCGAUGCAGACUCGAAGGGAUCAGUCAUCUGUGAACCCGCCCCCGCCGCACAGCUCAAAAACGAAAAGUCCAGUAAAACCGAGAGAACUCUGAGCGGAGAGUCAGGCAACAACUGCAAAACCAAUGAACAGCCCAAGAAAGAGAAAAGGAAGCCUCCAGGCACCGUGGAUUACACGGUGAGCUCGAAGGACACCUUAAACAGCAUUGCACUACAAUUCAAUAUCACCCCAAAUAAACUAGUGCAGCUGAAUCGGCUGUUCUCUCGCAGCGUGCUUCCAGGGCAGAAACUGUUUGUCCCUGAUUUGGGGCAGUCAGAGACGACCAAAGAUUUCCCCGAAAACGUGUUACAGAAUGACGAAUCAAGCUGCAGGCCACGUCGCCGAGAACUCUCUCCUCCUUCUGAGGACGAGAGCCCGGCGAGAUUUCUCAAGAUGAGCUGCAAGUACUUCACUGAUGGCAUGGGAGUUGUUGGCGGUGUGAUGAUUGUGACCCCCAACAACAUCAUGUUUGACCCGCAUAAGUCAGAUCCUCUGGUGAUCGAGCACGGCUGUGAGGAGUACGGUCUCAUCUGCCCGAUGGAGGAGGUGCUCUCUGUGGCUCUGUAUGACGACGUGUCCCGCAUGCAGCUCAAGGACGCUCUGCCGUCUGACAUACCUCAGGAUCUGUGUCCAUUAUACAGGCCAGGUGAGUGGGUGGAACUUCCAUCCGAACAGGACCUGAACCCUUUUAGCCGCUACGAGGCCCUCGGCAAACCCAACCGCCCGAUCAUAUUAGAUGACAUCGAAACGGCGACCGAUUGCCCCCAAGCUGACAAAUCGCCAUCUGACGAAGGCUUCACUGAACUUGAGCUCUUACAGAAUGACUCAGGAACUGAGAACGGAAGCACCGAAACUUCUCACAGCAGGCCCCAGACUGCCAACACUACCUGCUUGAGUUUGGAGGAGGUAUCCUUUGUGGAACCAAAAAUGAGUGUGCCUCUUCUCCCAGACCAGAAAGUGGAGGCAGUGAGGUCAUGUGAGGCAGACCAAGUAGAGGAGGAUGAAGGCCUUCAUAAUCGUUCCACAGACGAGAACAUAGAGCCGGUCUUGGAAGGAGAUAAAAGCAGCACUGGAACAGAACUUAGUGAAACAGGAAACAGGGUUACUUCAGGGGAUGAAGAAAAAGAUGCAGAGGAUUCAAAUAAGGCUGAAAUUCUCACUCGCAAUUCUCUGCAAGCGGAGGAAGUUGUAAUGGCUGAGGACCAAAAAAGAACCGUAAGCUCCAGUGAUCUGAUAGGGGAUGCUGGAAAAUGUAGUUCUUCUGGACCAAGUGAUGAAGACUAUAACCAGAAUAUGAAGAGACCAAAUGCAGAUGAAGUGCUUAACAAGAAGGAGGAAGAUUCGCAAAAUGAAGAAACGGAGAUGUCAUGGCUGAUGAAACGGAUGCAGGGUCCAAUCGAAGAUAUGCUACUGUCUGCAGAAGAGAAAAGCAAGAAACCACCCAUGUUUCUCUGCUUCAAAGUGGGGAAGCCUAUGAAGAAAUCCUUUGCUACAGGUCGAACCUCUAGCCCCACUCUCUUUUUUGAGAGCAGAGGGAAGCACCCAGAGUACUGGUUUGCAGUGCCUCAGGAAAGGGUGGACCAUCUGUACUCAUUCUUCAUCCAGUGGUCUCCUGAUGCCUACGGAAAAGAUGCACAGGAGCAGGGCUUCGUAGUGGUGGAGAAGGACGAACUUAACAUGAUUGAUAACUUCUUCAGUGACCCAGUGCCAAGAAAUUGGGAGAUCAUCACCAUGAACGAAGCAAGGAGGAGGCAAAGUUUUGGCAAUUUCGAAGAUGAGGAACCACUGGACCUGUUGUCCGUUCUAACGGACCCCAGCGCGUUAUUUGAGGAUACGCAUAUCGAGAAGCUGGCUGCUCGACUCCCGGCUCGGGUUCAGGGGUAUCCGUGGAGACUGGCCUACAGCACAGUGGUGCACGGGACCAGCUUGAAGACUCUGUACAGGAACCUCGGGGAGCUGGACUGCCCUGUGCUGAUGGUCAUCAAAGACAUGAACGACCAGAUUUUUGGAGUUUUCUCCACUCACCCAUUCAGAGUUAGUGAACAUUAUUAUGGCACCGGGGAGACUUUCCUCUACACCUUCAGCCCUGAAAUUAAGGUGUUUCGUUGGACUGGAGAAAACUCCUACUUUGUAAAGGGAAACUUGGACUCGCUCCAGAUCGGAGGUGGAGGGGGUCACAUCGGCCUGUGGCUGGACGCCGACCUGCACCACGGAACCACCUCCAAAUGCUCGACGUUUAACAACCAACCGCUGUCAUCGCAACAAGACUUCACCGUGCAAAAUCUCGAGGUCUGGGCCUUCGAGUGAACCGCAAACAACCUACACUAUACACGCACUUUCUUUCUUUCACGUAUCAUGCGAGAAAAAAAAAAAGGUAUAAAUGCAUAUAAAUAUAUGAAUACAAAGAAUCCUAAACUUAAUGGCAAGCGAUUAUAAAACGCCGUCGUCUACUGCUGUUUAUGCGGAGCUGCACUUUUCCGUAAAGGUCUGUCCAAACUGUCCAGGUUGUGCGUCGAGCUUCUAGCGAUUAAAGGUGAGAGAGAAGCGUGCCUCAAUUAGACUGCCUUAAUAUCGCACACCUUUCCCAGCAUGCAAUACAGUAUCCGAGCUCUGCAUAGAUAUAACCCUUAUAGGCUGUGAAUGCAGAGCCUUAGCCAUAAUUCAUGACCGGAUCCUCUGAGCGAGCUGAAGUUUGAUAUAUAUUUUUUCCGCAUUUCUGUGGAUUCGUUACGCCGAUGUUUACAAACGGGAGAUCAGUUCGGUUAGGGUUCAAAGAGGACGCACGAUACGGACGUUCGCAUUAAAAACACACAUUCCUAUCGUCUUGACCAAAGCGUUUUAUUUAUGCCUAUCUAUACGUGUACAUUUUCGUUUUAUAUUUGUGUUUUUAAUAUUCGAAAUCAUGUCGUUUUUGUUUUGUUGUUUUAAUCGAAGGUUCUGUUCGCACGUUCCCUGCAUGCGAGGAUCCCGUUCACUUCUUCCGUGCGCAUUUACGUGAUUUAUUUUCAAUCGUAAACGACCCCGUUCGGUCGGCACUAAGCUGAAAAGGGCACAUGGUGGAAGUGAUGUCAGUAUUAGAGGUUUUUGCCGCCGAUUAAAUUGUUGACUGUUUCACUGCGGCAGCGUUGCAGGUCGCUCGCUAACGGCGCGCGCUACAAAAGCUGUGAAGGAUGACAGAUUUAUGUAAUGAAGCACUAUUCUGUGUAUGAACGUGACUAACUCGUGUUUAUCGUACAAUCUCGGGCAAAGGAAGUUCUUGGUUUUGCAAAUCGAUAGACUGAAAUGAAUUUUGAAAAAGUUGUGGUGUUUUUGUUUGUUUUUUUUGUCACACAGUUGAAUAUUUGGAUGAUCUUCAUCACUACAGUCAGAAACCCCCAUGUAAUCGUUGUAUUGGUGAACAAUUUCAAUGAAGCCUCGUUUUUUCCCUCAGUAAUUGCGAUCGGUCAUUUCAGUUUGUCCGUACGCCGGUAUGUGCACUAAAUUCCUCAUGUUUCAACGGUUUGCUGUGUUCGAAUGUAAAAAAAAAAACAAAAAAAAGGGAAAUAAAUAUGUCCAUGAAAAUCCA